AUGUUGCGAUGGGCAUUGUUCCUCUCGGCGUAUGAAUUCGACUUGGAACACCGGCCGGAGAAGACAAGAUUGAGAGGUGCUCAGGAAGAGGUCAAGAUGGACAGCCGGAAGCCUGGCAGUGGAGCUGCUGCUCUCAAAUGCCCCCAGAAGAUCUCUCUCCUCUCUUCCCCAGUGCGGGCGAUCGUCCGCCUACGGAGGACAGCCCACAUGCUGAAAAAGGGCCUCUCGCCAACAGAAAGGAGGACCCUCCAGGAAGAUCCCCAGUCAAAGCUCCUUCAGCGGCAGAUCUCUUUGGGUAAAGCCAAGCUGGGUAGUGCAUCUGCUUCUGUUUUGAGCCAAGCAAGCUUUGAGAAGGCACAGUAUUUUACUUUUGACACAUCUGCGCAGCCACCGCUAUCAAGAUCCAGCAAACGGAAGAAGCGGAGUAGGAACCCCCGGGUGUUGUACCCAGGCAGCACCAGGCGGUACCUGCCGACGGAACAAAAGAGCAAAGCCAAGUGUUGCCUCCUCUUGCUCGCCAGUAUUGUUUGCUUCCAGAUAUUGAAUGCGAUUGAGAACUUGGACGAUAACGUCCUAAAGUAUGACUUGGAUGGGCUGGAGAAAACGAUGCGCCGGGAAAUCUUUGGGCAGACUGUGGCCAUCGAGAGCAUUAUGGCCUUGCUGAAAGACUACUUGGCAACACACAUACACAACCAGCCUUUAGUGAUUUCCUUCAACGGGCCCAGCGGAGUUGGAAAGAGCCAUGUUGGCUGGUUGCUAGCCAAACACUUCCGGUCAGUCGUGGGUCACAGUUUCGUGCUCCAUUACUUUACGAUGCACCACUGCCCAGACGAUGCUUCAUCUUUGGCCUGCCAGCUGGAUCUAUCUGAGAAGAUCAGUGACAUGGUAACCCAAGCCGAAAUAGAAGAGAAGAUCCCCUUGUUUAUUCUGGACGAGGUGGAACUCAUGUCUCCAGCCCUGCUGGAGACCCUCAGCAGAUUCUUCCUGACGAACCAAACCAACGAGUUCCUGAAUGCCGUGUAUAUCCUGAUAAGCAAGGUGGGCGGCAAAGAGAUCAUGAACUUCCUUCUGCAGAACGUUUCCACCGAUCUCCCACUACCACAGGGCAAGAUGGAAGAGCUGCUGACCUCCGUCCGUCCCGUACUUAGCCACGCCCAUCCUUUUUGGGGCUUUGUGGAGAUCGUUCCGUUUGUGUUGCUUGAGAAGAGCCAUGUCCAGAGCUGCUUCUAUGAGGAAAUGAUGAGUGAAGGCAUUUACCCCGACCCGAGCCACGUAGAGCGUUUAGCCAGUCAGCUCAGCUAUCAUGUGAAAGGAGGGCGGCAGUUUGCUGCGAUGGGUUGCAAACAGGUAGUGGCUACAGUCAAUCUGCUGUAAGAGCUGAUGGAAAUCCCGGGCAAGAGGGCACCUCUGAUUCUGGGAGGGAUGUCCUGAAUCUUGGCUGAGGGCUGGGUUUUGUUCCC